UAUAACAUAUUGCCAGUGCCGUCCAUGCCAUACUGUCCCCCAAACUGGCGAUCUUAAAUGUUUGAUUUGAUUUGCUUUGCUUUGCUUUUGCAGUUCAUUUCGAACUUUGAGUCCGUGGGAACUAUGUACAUAGUUGGCGAUAGAUGAUCUCUGCGACGGGGAAUACCUUGGAUAGUUUUCUCGCACAGCUACCAUUUCGCUGCUGGAAACCAAAUGAUUAGGACUUGUUGCACUGUGUCUUAUCAGGGCAACCCGAUAAAGUUGAGCUGUAGGCAAAAGUAUAAUUUAUAUGUAGGACAGUUGCGGAGUCCACAGAGGGAUCGUGCAAUUGGCUCAAAGUGCGCACCGCCAGCGUUUAAAGUGCAGACCACCCCAUUCAGGCUAAUCAUUCAUUUAUGGGCAAACUUUAUGGAUGUCGUCCAUUAUUCGAUAAAAUAAAAUACAAGCGCAACCGCUUGUCUAGUUGAGUUUCAUGGUCAACAACUACUCUACUGCGACCUGCAAUAAUAUACUACAUAAUUAAACAUGGCGUAAUCUUAUCGCUUGCUAGUUUUGGACUCCGUUGGCAUUGCCUUCUUUUUUUCCUGCGGUAGCGGAAGUCUUCAUCGACAGUUGGCGAGACUUCAGCAGUCUGGACGGAAGCGGAGGACCAUCAUGCGAUCCAGAGAUCGGGAUAUGGGUAUAUCCCACUUGACAGACGCCACUUAUUCGGUCGACGAUCUGGGCAACUAUGGCGUUUGCCUCGAGGACCUGCAACUGUUUGCCCAACUGGAGGAUCUCUCCGGCGAAAGAUUGCCCAUGGAGAUGGAGCUGCUCAGUCCGGGCUCGGAGUUCGAUCUUUUGGAACUUGUAAAUGGAGCUCUGCAGCAGCGCAACACCACGGAACAUACGAAACCAGACCAGAUAUGUAAGCCCAAGCGGAAAGCAACCACUAAACGCCUUCGAAGAGCUGGAAAGGAGCACAGCUGCGACGUGUGCGGCAGACGUUUCUCGGAGGCGUACAACCUGCGCAUCCACAAGAUGACCCACACGGACGAGAAGCCGCACGUGUGCGAGGAGUGCGGCAAGGGAUUCCGGCAACUGAACAAGCUUCGCAUCCAUGCGGUCACCCACACAGCGGAGCGGCCACACAAAUGCGACAUCUGCGGCAAGGGUUUCCGGUAUGCCAACUACCUAACUGUCCAUCGACGAUUGCACACGGGCGAGAAACCAUAUCCGUGCUUGGCCACAGACUGUCAUCUCUCCUUUCACUCCAUUCACGCGCGACGCAUCCACACCAAGCUAAGGCAUGCGACACCAACGCAUCCGGAAGCGGAUCCCGAUCAGCCACUGGCCGAGCAGGAGCAACGGGAGACGUCCGCGUUCAGCUUCACCUGCCCGGUCUGCAGCCGCAUCCUGACGGAUCAGUGCUACCUGAGCAUCCACCUGAAGCGGCAUUAUAACCAGCGCGACUUCCCAUGCACACAGCCGCAGUGCGACAAGAGAUUCUACAGUGCCUCGGAGCUGAAGCACCACCAGAUCGCCCACACCCAACAGCGUCCCUUCGCCUGUCCACUGUGUCCAGCGCGAUUUCUGCGCAAAUCCAAUCAUAAACAACACCUCAAGGUGCACGAGCGUUGACAACUGGAGAGCACUUGGAUUAUUUUUUAAUAAGGUAUAUGGUAUUCCAGACCCCGAGAGCUUGAGAAUCCGAGACUCGCCCCACCCAAAGCUGCGCCAGAGAGGGGCUUGGGGCAGCGCUUUCCAUUCAAUAUAAGUGUUUAUUUAUAUA